CUCAGAAACAGCAGAGCUACUAUUGUGUAAAGAGUGAUAGUAGGGAUAUAGUAAACAUAACUGUGACCAUUUGAGCAAAUAUAUUCUGAUAGUUAUUUGAAACUUCUAACACACUGAUUUCUUAUGGUAAAAUCAUCUGAAUUCUUUUAAAAUGUCAACAGCAUUGAGCUUUGAAAUUGAUGGUGAAAAUAGUAUCAGUAUAGAGCUGAAAACCAAUGGCCGCCUAUCGCUGUCGGAUAUUGCCGCGGCAACCAUUGGCAACAUAGGAGACAACUCUGGCUGGGAAGAAGGACCGCUAGACGGAGCUGAGACCAAGUACUGGACCCAGAGUCCUGGGAAUCAAUCUGAGACAGGUGACAGUGGUUCCAGUGUGCUACGCCCCUGGGAGGACCAUAGCAGGAAACCUACAGGUCCAAUGCAAACAAACAAUGUCCUUGUUACCGACCAAGCACAGAGCUUAUACCAAAUAAAGCGGCAACGUAAUGAAACAAAAACCAGUCUGGAUCCAAAAAAGCGUUCCCGCUUCAUUGAACCAGAUUCAACCAGUCAAACCAUCUACAACCUUGCCACCUCAACUAUUGCUUCAAAUCAACCAUUAUUUCUGGAAAACAAUGAAGUCAAUGAAAUAUUUCGCCCCAGUCGUUCAAGUAUGGAACGUCCCAUACAAGAAUCCCACACUUCAGCUGGAUACUUAAGCCAAGGAGCUCAGAACCAUGCCUAUGGAGUAACUUCACAGGUGCACAGUCUUCAAACCAUGCAAGCAUCAACAUCGACUAAUGUUCUACUGCAGCCAGCAGGCAACUCUCAACCAACAUCUGACGGAAAGCUGGCCCCUUUUCAGCCACUCUCCGACAACAUUACUGCCAUGGGACAUUUUCUGUCAUCUCUUCAACAAGCCUCUAAUCCUGCACCUCCAAACAACACUGUCAGUGACUAUAUGCCAAGGACUCAACCAAGGGAGCAAACCACAGCUUCCAGCACCCAGAGUUAUUCGCCAUGGCUGCCUUCAGCAAUAUCCAAGAUGAACAUACCAGACUACAAUGCUAUCGGGCAACAGACAAUCAAAAACUUUAUCCCAAAUAACUACAACUACUCAAGCUUUCAGCCAGUUAUCCUAUCAAGGCCCUCAACUCAGAUGCAGUCGCCAGUUCCAAGUUUGACAACAGUACCAUCCAUGCCACUGAAUAACUACAUUUACAGUUUACAUUCACCCGCAAAUCCAGCAAGAAACGCUGACUCAAAAAUGUUUAGACAGGAGCCAAUGACACCAGUUGCAAAGCAGGGAAGCUAUGGUUUCUAUGACAACAGUCCUGGGACUGAUUACAGAUUUUCAGAAUCCCUCUCCAACUUGCUGGGUUCCCCUCCAUCAGACAGCCCGCUGUCCAAAAACCCAUUCUUUGGAGACCUGCAGAGCCUUUUGAACAAUGAAUGCAAAAAAGAAAUUGUACCCCAAACACUAUUUGCUAUUAACCCAAAGAAAGAAACUGAAGAAAAGAGAGAAAAUGUCUUCACAAGGGAGAGAAAUCUUCAGGAGAGAUUUUCCAAUUUACAGAGCAGCCAUCCUGAGGAGAUUCGACAGCUGUCAAGCGUGUUUCGUUACCAGUCAGCGCUGAUUGAAACGGAGCGGUUCCGUACCCUCCACGAGAGCCAAUAUCCGGGCAGUUACAAAGACUCAGUGAACAAACACUACGACGAGAAACUGCACGAGGUCAUGGACCGUGUGGAGAAGAGCGUGCGACUGCUGGAAGAUGCUGACAAAGAGAACAAAUCCAAGACAAAAGCAGCUGCCAAGACGCGACCGCAUCUCAACAAGGAGGCGAUACAGCUAAUGGAGGGGUGGUACAGUCAGAAUCAGGACCACCCAUACCCUACCAGCACCACCAUAGAGCUGCUGGCUCACUCAGGGAACAUCGGCAUCGAGCAGGUGAAAAAGUGGUUUGCCAACAAACGUAACCGCAACCAGAACACUCGCUCCCUCACGGAGAUUGCUAUACAGAAGCGCAAGCUUGGGCAACUUUCAAAUCGAUGUUGAACAUUUGUUAGAUGGCAUUGGUAGUGGUGUAAAAGUCAUGAUUCAAGAUAUGACUUAAAUGCAUUUGCAUUGUUAUAGGAUUUCUGAACAGAUUUUUCUG